CGCUGUUCUCAGUGUGCUGCUGUCUCCUGGGGCCUUACCGAUGAAGGCAAAUAUUACUGUACUUCCUGCCACAAUGUCACAGAUGGAAGGAUUUGCUGGAAGUGCAGAGCCAAGAAGGAAUAAGCACUGCUUUCAGCACUUACUCAGAAGGGCCAGCUGGGGUGGAAAAGAGACUGUUCCCCAACAUAGAGCAUGAUAGGGACUGACGUGCCUUCCCACCUCAGACAACUCAAAAUCUGGACACAAGAUGUAAAACAACAACAAAAGCCACCUUAAGACACAUAGCUAAUUUAGCAGAUGACUCAGUUUCACAAAGCACUUUGCUUUUUAAAAGCGAUCUGAGGAAGUGGUGAGUGCUGCAGUUAUCCCCAACACCAAGAUCAACUCCAUCAACAGGGGGCUGAGACAGAGAAGCAAGCAUGAAUGAAGUCUUACACAAUUUUUGGAAGCGCUACCUUCAGAAGAGCAAGCAGGCCUAUUGUAAAAACCCAGUUCGUACAAGUGGAGGGAAAGCCAAGGUAUUAGAAGACAGUCUGCAGUCCUCGGACUUGGGCAGUGAUCUUGAGCGGCUAAGUGAUACCACAUGCCCCCUUGAAAGUGAAGCAGAGUUCCAAUCUGACCCUCAGAUUCCAAAGCCUUUCCCUGUCACCAAAGGAUCCCCAAAGUCAGCAUCUGUCUGCUCUGGCUCUGUUGAUGGAGUGGAGUACUCCGAGCGGAAGGAGAAGGGGCUUGUGAAGAUGACUGUGCCCAGGACACUUGCUCUCUGCUCUCUCUCCUUGCUCUGGCAGAGGGAAACAAUUACAGUUUCAGACCUUUUGAGGUUUGUUGAAGAGGAUCGUAUUCCGUACAUAAAUGCUUUUAAGCUUUUUCCAGAAGAGAUGAAAGUGUAUGGUCGUGACAAAGGCAUCUUUGCUGUAGAGUCUUGGCCUGACUAUGAAGACAUCUAUAAAAACAUGAUUGAAGUUGCCAUAUUUUUAGAUUUGCCUCGUUUCCCAGACAUAACGGAAGACUGCUACCUCCAUCCCAACACCUUGUGUAUGAAAUACUUACUGGAGGUCAAUCUCCCUGAUGAAAUGCACACUUUAACCUGUCAAGUAGUAAAGUUGACUGGAAUUGGAGAAGUGGAUUUUUUGACGUUUGAUCCUAUAGCUAAAAUGAAAAGGGCAGUUAAAUAUGAUGUGCAGGCUAUGGCUGUCAUUGUGGUUGUGUUGAAGCUGCUGUUUUUGCUGGAUGACAAGCUGGAAUGGUCUUACUCAGAUCUUGCUGAAGCGUACAACGAAGAACACAGAGAAGACACGCCCCAGUUUGAUUUCAGAAAAUGGUACCAAGUUAUGAAGAAAACUUUUGAUGAGAAAAGACGAAAAUGGGAAGAAGCGAGGGCCAGGUAUGCUUGGAAAACCAAAAGGCCACUCUACCGUUCACACAUCGAUAAGUCCGUUGCAUAUAAGAAAAGAGAAAUGGUGGAGAAUCUUCAAAAACAAUUUAGUGCCCUGGUUGGUUCAUCACCAGUGGUUGAAAAGCAGGCCCCUUCAAGUUUUCAGUUCAACUGGACUGAAGAAGGCACUGAUAGCCCUUGUUUCCAUGGACACAGCCUCCAGGGACUCCUGAAAAUGAAAGGCCAGUCCAUGAUAACCAAGAACUCCCUAUAUUGGCUCAGUACCCAGAAGUUCUGCAAAAGCUAUUGUAAACAUGUGACAACUUACGAAGAAUCAAAUUUUUCUUUGAGUUACCAGUUUAUACUAAACAUCUUCUCCUUCUUACUGAGAAUAAAGACCUCUGCUCUCCAUGAAGAAGUGAGCUUACUUGAAAAGAAACUUUUUGAAAAAAAAUACAACGAAUCAAAAAAGAGCUCAGGAUCCAAGAAAGGAAGAAAACACUGAGAACCAGAGAGGGGCUUGCUUUGACAGGCGCUCUCAGGACGAGGGUGUCCUGUGCUGCUUCCAGGAAACUGUGUGAAGUCUACUGUUGAACAGGCAUACACUUUGACAUGUGUCUUUAUAUGCAUUGUAAGAAAUGCUUUGAAUUAUUUUCAUAAAUAAUUUUUUCAGAAAA